AUGACCUCCCACAGCAACCGAGCGCUGCUCCUGGUCCUAGGCCUGUUCGUCCUAGGCGUCGUCUUCUUCCCAGGCUUCACACCCACACGGCCGAUAACCCAGCGCGACGCCCAACACGUCAUGUCCGACCUCUCACUGGACAACCUGGAGGUCUCGCUCGCGCAGGCGUCCCCCGCAGACACCCCGAGGCUGUCCGUCUCCGUAAAGAACACACACCCCUCGACAACGCUGACGCUGCUGCGGUGGGACUCCCCGCUGGACCCCCUCGCGCUGCAGCUGGGGCUCAUCGCCGUGACGCCCGCGGGCGGCGCGUCUGCCCCGCUCGACAUGCCGACCAUCCAGAUCCGCCGCGCGAUGCCCCCCGACGCCGAGUCGCUGGUGACACUGCGGCCCGGCGAGUCUGCGAGCAGCGUCGUCGAGCUGCGCGACUCGUUCGUGCCUCGGGACACGUGGGCCCAGGGCAAGGCGAAGAUCGGCAUGAGGGGAUCGUGGGCGGCUAUCUGGCCUGGGCUGAGGAAGGACGACCUGUUGGGUGAUGUGGAAAGGCUUAGUGCCUUGGGCGGAGGGGAUGGCGUGUUGACUGGGGAGUGGGAGUCGCCCACGGUUGAGUUUUAG